AGACUAGGGACCAGACCCGUGACCGCCAUGUGACUUCCCUAGGCAACUAAUCUCCUUAUCGCCAAACCCACCUUCUCUUGUCUUUCUUAAUCCACCUCCCACUUGAGGUUCAUGGAUGGCCUUGUUUCACCAUGGGUUCAAGCAAAGAUGACAGGAACACCCAGUCUACCGUUUGCUCCUCCUUUGCAGGUUCAUGAUAGCUAACCCUUCAGCAGUGUUGUCGGUGGAUUUCCAGUGGGCCGUUGAUGCAGCUUAGCAUGCAAAUCACGGCCAAUACGGGACGGUCGUUUCAGUCCGAAUUGCAGAACCUGAAACAUCAGAAUCUGGAUCGAAGGCCAAUACAUCAUUUUCAGCAGCGGCUAUCUGGUGAAAUUGGUACAAUUGGCUGGCUAAGGGGAGCAUCAUGAGGUGGGAUUGAAAGGUGGUAAGAGGGUGCGGAUUGGAAACAAGGCCUGCGUUGACGCCCUCGGUCGGCCUUCCUGCAAGCGGCCGUUUCCGCGGUUGGCCGAUGAGAGCCAAGAGCGCUAAACACCGGCCAAGCCCAAAGGGCUGGCUAUCUCUAUCAGAAACAACGAUGCAUUUCCUUCAGGGCGCUUUGCUCCGUAGAGACCACUCGAUAGGUUCGGGACCAAGCGCAGAGGCC